AUGCAAAGUAAGGCAAGGCUAUCAACUUGCAAGAACCGUCUAGAGAGCAAACACACAUACAUUAAAGCAAAGUCCCCUUCACCCGCUCGGGGGCGAAAAAUAAUACUAUCUUCUUUCACGCCUGAUAUUUGCAUGCUUCUGGCCAUCAAACAACAAAGUUACCCGGUCAUGUUCAUCACCAAUGAUGGAAAGCUCCCGGCAAAUGAUCUGAAACAAGAGCUUGCAGUUUGCAAGCUGCAGUCAAAUUUUUCAAACGAUGGAAUUUGGCAGAUAUUGUUUUCGCUUCCGAUAUAUUACUUCUGUGCCCAAUACUUGUGGGCUAAGUCAAACAAUCAGGAUUUAUUUGUGAAUGUAGUCUAUAUAGAAAGUGAUAAUAUUUGCCCCUUUCCAGUUGUGUCUAGCACAUACGACCAUAGGGUGUGGAGAACAGGGCUUCCCGUCCGCUCAGCCGUACUUAAGCCACACGCCGGCAGGUUAGUAGUAUGGUGGGUGACCACAUGCGAAUCCCUGCUGUUGUAUGUUUUUGUUUUUACUCGUUUAUUCGUUAGCUUGUUUUACUUUUACUUUUACAGAGUUCGUCGGCGUUAUAUGGUAAAGGCUUCCUCGGGCUUCGCUGAAAUUGAUAGCGAUAGCCAAGGCAUUGUUGCUUGA